GUUGUGACGUCAUCAUAACGCGACGUGUUUUCUUCCUCGCAGGCAACUUUGUGUAUAGCGUCAAGCUAGUUUACGCGCAGGGAUGGCGUCGUCGAAAAAGGGGAAGAAAGUUAUAAAUCAAGACGAACUUCGGCGUUUAAUGAGGCAAAAACAGAGACAGGCGACAGACAAGAAGCGCAUCGAAUCCCCCUUCGCCAAAUACAACAGCCUCGGCCACCUCAGCUGCGUCUUGUGCAAUGUGCAGGUGAAGACGGAGAUUCUGUGGCAAACUCAUGUCCUCGGAAAACAGCACAGAGAAAACGCGUCUGAUCUGAAAGGACAGAAGCCGACGCAACAGUGCCAGCCGGACAAAAGAAAAACCCAAGACCCCGAGGACAUAAAUGGGAAAAGGGCCAAAUUGGCGUCGGCUGCCGGCCAGUCUUCGCAAGGCUUGCCCAGUGAUUUCUUCGAGAAACCGAGCGAUAAGGGACGUGGUCCCACUAAGACCUCUACAGGUCUCGGCCUUUUAACUGGGGUCUACGACGACGACGAUACUGAGGAUGAGAAGGAAGACGAGGACCCAGCCAAGCCCGCGGAGACCCCGGGCGGUGUUCAACGGAAGGGUCAGUCGGCUCCAGCGGGACUACCGGCGGACUUCUUCGACAGCUCGAUCCCGCCCGCCCCCGCCGUCUCUCAUUCGGGGUCCAUCCUGAAAGCAGACGAGCCGGAGAAAAGCGCGGAAAAGAAAGAAAACACCGCCGAGGCGCUGCCCGAGGGCUUCUUCGACGACCCGGUGAGGGACGCCAAAGUACGCAAAGUCGACGCACCCAAAGACCUCCUGGACAAAGAGUGGGAAGAGUUUCAGAAGGAAAUGCGCCAGGUCAACACCAAGUCGGAGGCCAUUGUAGCCGAGGACGACGAGGAGGGUCGCCUUGAACGCCAGAUCGACGAAAUCGACGAGCAGAUCCAGUGCUACAGACGAGUGGAGGUACUGCGAGAUAAGCGGGACGUGGUUAGAAGCAAGUCUGCGCACGAGGGGAAUCCCACGCGAGAGGCGUCAGAGAGCCUGGAGGAAGAGGACGAGGAGGACCUGCUUCACUUGCUGUCCCGUGACUGGAGGGCUAAAGGGGCACUUGCCUAAUGUUGCCCAUACAUCUACAUGUGUUUAUUUGUGUAUACGAGACAUCAGUGACUAUCAAAAGCUCUGUCCAUAAAAUUAAUAAAGCUCUGGAUAAGAUUCAGGACGAACUCGUCAGCAAGACGUUACUUUUACUUGGUUGGUUUGAUAUUGUUCGUGAGACUUGUUAUACUAAAGCAGUGUUUCUCAACCCAGUCCUCAAGGACCCCCUAUCCUGCAGAUUCUCUUUGCAAUCCUGAAUAGGUACCUGUUGGUAGUUAUUCAACCAAUCAGCAAUGAAUGUCUGAGUUUGCACACCUUGCAUAAUUAAGUGCUAUGAGAUGAUUGGUCGAGUAAGUACAAGCAGGGCUUCCUAUGCAGGGUUAUAAUGAAAAUCUGCAGGAUAGGGGUUCCUUGAGGACUGGGUUGAGAAACACUGUACUAAAGACUCGUAGGCAUCAUAUGAAAGGGCGAGUAAGUAAGGUUGAAGACUUUAACCCUUUGUAAACAACUGAUCAAUACAAAUAGCAAAGUCAAUAAUUCUGCCCUUGACUGUAAGAUGUACUUUAUCAAUGCAUUCAUUCAUUAUCCAAACCGCUUCUCCUUCUCAGGGUUGCUGGAGCCUAUCCCAGCAGUCAUUGGGCGGCAGGUGGGGAGACACGCUGGGCAGGCCGACAGCCAUAAACCCCCCCCACACACACACAUUCAUACCUAGGGACAAUUUAGUACUGCUGAUUCACCUGACCUACAUGUUUUUGGACUGUGGGAGGAAACCGGAGGAAACCCACGCAGACAUGAGAACAUGCAAACUCCACACAGAGGAUGACCCCCAAGGUUGGACGACCCCGCAGCUCGAACCCAGGACGUUCAUGCUAUGAGGCGAUCGCUCCAACCACUGUGCCGCCUAGCUUAUAAUAACAAUGAUAACGUGGGGAAAUUCCUCCUUUGCUUUUAACCCAUCCCAACACGCACACACCGGAAACGGUGGGCAGCCACCGUGCAGCGCCCAGGGACCAAGUUCUUCUUGCCAGGCCUCGGUCAGGGCCACAGACAGGGGUAUCAACCCUAACAUGCAUGUCUGUACAUUCAUGUGCUCACCAAAAAAAAGGUUCAUAAAAUCUUCACAGCCCGCUCGGGCAAAUAU